CAGACCCAGACGGAGCCUCGCCGCGGCGGCAGCAACAGGCGGCGGGCUGGGCUCGGGGACGGAGGGGGCGGAGGCGGCGAAAGGGCGGGGAGCGCGAGGAGGAGCGACUGGGCCCCGCCACCGCCGCCUCUUCCCCACUGCAUGGACGAGCACAUCAGCCUUCUGCACUCGCCGCCGCAGCCCUUCGCCCACCACCGCACCCACCCUCCCCAGGACCCUGCGAGCGGCGGCGGCGCCCAGACUCUGGUGAACCCCGGCUACGCCGAGCUCGCCGCAGGCCCCGAGCUGCCGCCCGACAUGACGGUGGUGCCCGGGGACCACCUGCAGGAGCCGGAGACGGCGGACGGCGGCGGAGGCCAGCCUCAGGGCGGCUGUGGCGGCGGCGGAGGCGGUUGUGACCGCUAUGAGCCGCUCCCGCCCGCGCUGCCGGCUGCGGGCGAGCAGGACUGCUGCGGGGAGCGCGUGGUCAUCAACAUCUCGGGGCUGCGCUUCGAGACGCAGCUGAAGACCCUCUGCCAGUUCCCAGAGACGCUGCUGGGCGACCCCAAGCGGCGCAUGAGGUACUUCGACCCGCUCCGCAAUGAGUACUUUUUCGACCGCAACCGGCCCAGCUUCGACGCCAUCCUCUACUACUAUCAAUCCGGGGGCCGCAUCCGCCGCCCGGUCAACGUGCCCAUCGACAUCUUCUCCGAGGAGAUCCGCUUCUACCAGCUGGGAGAGGAGGCCAUGGAGAAGUUCCGCGAGGACGAGGGUUUCCUGCGGGAGGAGGAGCGGCCCCUGCCCCGCCGCGACUUCCAGCGCCAGGUGUGGCUGCUCUUCGAGUACCCCGAGAGCUCGGGGCCUGCCCGGGGCAUUGCCAUCGUGUCCGUGCUCGUCAUCCUCAUCUCCAUUGUCAUCUUCUGCCUGGAGACGCUGCCCGAGUUCCGCGAUGAGAAGGACUACCCGGCCUCGCCGUCGCAGGAGGUACUUGAGGCGGCCAGCAACAGCACGUCGGGGGCUCCCGCGGGAGCCUCCAGCUUCUCGGAUCCCUUCUUCGUGGUGGAGACCCUGUGCAUCAUCUGGUUCUCCUUUGAGCUGCUGGUGCGAUUCUUCGCUUGCCCCAGCAAGGCCACGUUCUCAAGAAAUAUCAUGAACCUGAUAGACAUUGUGGCCAUCAUCCCAUAUUUUAUCACCCUGGGCACCGAGCUGGCUGAGCGACAGGGCAACGGACAGCAGGCCAUGUCCCUGGCUAUCCUCAGGGUCAUUCGCCUGGUGAGGGUCUUCCGCAUCUUCAAACUCUCCCGCCACUCCAAGGGGCUGCAGAUUCUGGGGCAGACACUGAAGGCUUCCAUGCGGGAGUUGGGGCUGCUCAUCUUCUUCCUCUUUAUUGGGGUCAUCCUUUUCUCCAGUGCGGUCUACUUUGCCGAGGCAGACGACCCCACUUCAGGUUUUAGUAGUAUCCCGGAUGCCUUCUGGUGGGCCGUGGUAACCAUGACAACAGUCGGGUAUGGAGAUAUGCACCCAGUGACCAUAGGGGGCAAGAUCGUGGGGUCUCUUUGUGCCAUCGCUGGUGUCUUGACCAUUGCAUUGCCAGUUCCUGUUAUUGUUUCCAACUUCAAUUACUUCUACCACCGGGAGACAGAAGGGGAAGAGCAAGCCCAAUACAUGCACGUGGGAAGUUGCCAGCACCUCUCCUCUUCAGCUGAGGAGCUCCGAAAAGCACGGAGCAACUCGACUCUAAGUAAGUCGGAGUAUAUGGUGAUCGAAGAGGGGGAUAUGAACCACAGUGCUUUUCCCCAGACCCCUUUCAAAACGGGCAAUUCCACCGCCACCUGCACCACGAACAAUAAUCCCAACUCCUGUGUGAACAUCAAAAAGAUAUUCACCGAUGUUUAAUAUAAGAUACGAGUGACAUACUGUGCUAAGUAUUGUGUGGAACGUGCCCCCUUGGUCUGUGAUGCCCUUGUUUUGUACAUUUCCAGACCAUUCAUCAAGGAAAGGACCUGAAGUAGUGGAAAGCACACUUCAUUCUCCCCCUCCCUACUGCUUCAUACUGAAACAGGUGCCUGUGUUGCAGGUGGGCUGCAUUCUCUCAGCUCUCCUUUUGCCCCUCCCCCUCUCUCUUGAUUUUUGUGAUCAACAAUCUUACAUUAAACUUGUUUUCGAGUUACAUGCCCUAUUUAAAAAAAAAAAAAAAAAGUACAUCCUGGGAGGAAAUGAAACUAAAGAACAGUUGGAGUAACUGUUUAACCUCAAAAUUUAAAAGUAGUUGUUUCUUUACUAAGUAAAGAAGACAAAUAACUUCAAUGAUGCUUUAGUUUGGUGGACCCUUCAACGUUAUUUAUUAAAUAUUUAGUUCAAUUUCUACCGGCUGGGUAUGUGGAUGAGAAGUCUUAACUGGAACUAUGACUGUAAACCCACCAUAAGUUUGGUGUUUGACUGGAGUUUCUAGAUGAAUCCUCUCCUCCCAGAAUCUUAAAGGUCUCUACAACUUUGAACAAAAGGGAAUACCCCAAAACGUCCUGAUCUAAUUACCUUAACUCUUUGGGGCUUGCAAUGCAUUUUGAAAGUCUUUGGACUGACAGAUUCUGGUGAAAUUUAUGCAUAUGUCCCAGCCAACAUCUAUCAAAGUCUAAAAACAGAUGUUUUCAGUGCUGGUGAGAAACAAAAAAAUUUCCUAAUGCAUGUGAGAGAUAAGCUUCUUCAGUAUCGAAAGAAGAUUAAAGUGGCAGACACCCCUUCCAGCAGAAGUUACUAAUUCGGACCUGACUGAUGCAGUUCCCAUAGCAACCCAUGUUUCCUGGGAAACCCGAAAAAGGUUGUCAUGGCAUCUUUUGCUCUCUAGCCCCACCCCCAGCCCCUUCCGUUUCCACAGUAACCUUUCCAGAUGGUUCCUACUUAACGUGAUUUCAUAAGGAAAACCACUAUUUGAAUAAACCGCACAAAUAAAGUUAGGUCUGAGAAUCUAAGGCGGUGAAAAGAACCAGGAAAUGCAUUUUUUUUUUUGCUAUGAAAAUCAUUGAUGUUAUUCCAUAAUGACUGAAAGAAGGAAAAUAUCAUCUUUGGAAUGUUACAUGUGAACCACAAUAAGACAUGAUCUGAAUUAAAUGCCAGGUGUUAGGUAAUAAUUUUAAAAGAUGCUUCUCUACAGUUUUCUUUCCCCACGAAGUGACAAGCCAACAAAUGGAAUUUAAAAGCAAAUGUAAAAGUGUUCUGUACAUAAGCAAAUGAGAGAUUCCAUGUUCCUGAAACUACUACAAGGGACCUUCAGAUUUCCUCACUUAAAAAAAAAAAUUACAAAGACAGGUCCUACAACCUGUCACCAUCACAGCACUUGAAAAGCUAAAUAAACUUCAAAUAUGUAAAGGAUGCACAUUUUUAACUGAGGGAAUUACAGGCAAUCAACGAAAAGAAGGAUUGGGAAGAAACCAGACCUUGAGGGAACACCUGCAAGUGUCGGCCAUAUGCUAAGGGUUGCCUGCAGACAAACAGAAUCAGGUUGUCAGAAGCCCACCUCCCUUAUUACUUGUGCAUUGGAGACAAUGGGGAAUAAUGAUUGAGACUAUCAUAAGAGGGGGAAGAAGAAAGAAAAGACCAGCUCCCCCCGCACCAACAAACAAAAUAGAGGCAAGAAAUCUCAGUUCCAAGCUCUUCCCACCUCUCAGCUGUGAAUAGAAGUGAUAACCCCUCCCACUAAGAAAUGCAGAGAAGCACACGUAUCCCCCAGUCUGAAGACUUACGGAAAACUGUGAGUUAGAGAUUCCUGAAGAGCCCCACAUAAAGAACUGUACAGCAGCACUAACCAGUGGAAUACUCAGUUUUGAAUUGCCUGGAUCAAGAAUGCAGUGGCAGUUAAACCACUGAGGGUGGUGAUAUGUCUGCCAGCACAUAUUUUCAUUUCAGUUGACAUUAAAUAAUAUGUGUCUAACAUAUGCUUUACAUGAAGAAAAUGGCUCAGAGCUGGAGGAUUCUCUUCAUAUUAUGUGCAGUAUGAAAGAUACUGGUCAAGAUACAAAGAAGAAUGUUAAAUAAGGUACCAUUUCAACCUUUUGACAUUUUGAUGAAAGCUAUUCAUCUGAAAACUAUAAUCAGUGUUACAGAUGAAGAAAAUCUAAAUGUUUGGUUCUAACAAGCUAACUAUUACUGUUUUAUUUUGUUUUUAAUUAAUUACCGGACUGUAUUUAAUCAUGAGAUACAUGUGUUGUGUUCUGUGUUCUGAGUCAUGUGAAGUUUGAUUUUGCAAAGAUGUGCUUUGUACCAAAGGCUCCCAUACAUAGAGCAGCCCAUUUACAUGUAAUAAGUGAAGUCUACACUGUGCCCAGAUAAAUAAUAUUAAAGACAGACUUGCCCAAAAGAAAUGUGCCUUGCUCAAUUAAACAUUCUUUUAUUUUUUAAUUCAAAAUUAUAGAUUUAAAAAUUAGUCAUAUGGGUAGGUUUUAGUUGAUCUUAACAUCAUGGAAAUAUAUUAGUACUUACUAUAUGUUUGUCAUAUAUUAACUAAAAUUUUAACAUUUAAUUGAUACUUUUAAACAGUUCAUAUAUAAUGUAUUAAUUCAAUUUUAUUUUCAUGGGAUGUUUGAUGUAGUGAGACAAAGCACAUUCCAAAAAGCUAUACAUAUAUAUAUACAUAUAUAUAUACUUAUAUAUUUCACCUGAUGUUUAUAGCUUUUCCUUCAAAAUUAUAAGUGGAAAAGAUUCCUUGACUCAUUUCUAUUUUUAUAUUCUUUUAGAAAUGGAGCUCUUUUUCAACUAAAAGGAAAAAAAAACAAGAUUUUAGUUGGAAAAGAGAUUUAGGAGGUCAUGAAGAUCGUUUCCUAUUUGGGGACAUUUCACUUCUGUGCCAUUAUCAAUGUAUUUACUGUGACAUUUCAGCAGAAUGGUAGCUAUUUGUAUAUUAUUUGAUAAGCCUUAUGGAAAGUCAAACUGUGAACAUUUAGUAUAUAGAAUCUAGUAUAUGGAAGACUUUUUUCAUUUCCAUAUUUUAUUUUCAAAAUACAUCUGAAUAAGCACAUAAAUAACCACUCUCCUGUUACUUAAAUACAUAACAAUGCUAAAUUAUGAUAAGAACACUUAUGGAAUUUUAAUUUCCAUAAAAUUAUUUCAGUGACAAAGCCAAUAUUUUAAAAACUUUUUGGUGCCCUAUAGAAGGAAAUGCAGGUGGUGAAUUUCAUUAAUAUAUAAGAAUCAUUAACUAAACAAUCAUACACCUACUAGCAACAAAACAGAUGGAUAGGAGGUACAAUCCAGGUAACUUUCUUUGAGGCAAUGUCUACAAUGAAUUUUUCACAAUCUGCUGGUAAUUUCUUUGUGAUCAAAAUUGAAGCCUAGAUCACUAUAGGAAAAAGUGAAGUAAAGGAAUGACAACUAUCUCAAAUGUGAGCUAUGUGAACCUUCAAUCAUGAUGAUUUGUGACUAAAAUAUAGCCCCCACUUUAUUUUUUUUUCUAUGUUAGCCCAUGUAGUAGAGAUACUGUCCCAGGAAACAGCCAGUCCAUGGCAGCCAACUUAAUCCUUAUAACUGACGAUCACAGACUGGUGGGCAAGAAAAUAAUCUAUAACAGCAAUGGGGACGAUUGAAACAAACUGAUCAACUGUGUGAUAGGAGUUCUAGACAUUCAGAUAUUUUAGAAAGGAUUGGUAGGUAUUACAAAAAUAGACACAAAAAUUGCCUUCAUAAAUCACCAGUGGCACAACUUAUAGUAUAUAUCAUAUCUGAGUCAUUAUCAUAAGCUACAGCUUAAAAUAAAGACAAAACCUGAACUUUUACAGUAAAAGCACAGAAUAGUAUCAAAUGAGAAACCUGUCACACCAGAUACAGAGUGGAAAUAGUACCAGCCUAGAUAAUGGGAGACCAGAAUUCUUGCUCACUUCCUACCUGUGGGACCCUAGGUAAGACAGUAACCAUUGCUAGGCUUCAGUCUGCCAGGUGUGCUGGUUCAGUAAUCCCCAAAGCCCUUUUCAGCCUCCAAACCUUGUUAUGCACAUUUCUUGAAAAAAUGCUUUGAAGAAUGCUAUCUUUUGCAUUUCUGAAGAAAAGAAUAAAUUGAAAUAAGAUUUAAGCCUUGAAAGUAUCAAGUUGAUCAUUCUUCAAUUGGGUGUGAGAAGAGGAAAUAGGAUUCUUUAUCCUCUAAGAAUUUUUACUCAUCUGUAAUGGGAACAUGAAAAGGUAAAGAAGAAAUCACUGGUGAAGGGAAACAGAUUAAUAGCUAGAAAGUGGGGAAGAUAUUUGUUAAAUAUAUGUUCAAUAUAAUUUGAUGUUAAGGUGAUUUUCAAAUUGUAUCUGAAAUGCUAAAAUGGUUCAGAGCUUUAUUGCACACUCAAAAUUUUACGUUUGGAGUAGGGGAAGGUGGAAGAAAGAGUAAUAGGGAUCUCUUGAUUCUUUUUACACAAGAGAGCUUUUAAGCAGGUAAAUGGCUCUGCCAGUAACUCUCAAUUACCCCAAGAAAGUCCCUUUAACUUCUCAGAGCCCCAAAUUCUUUGCCUGUUAAGUGAAUAAGUUAAAUCUAGUAAUCUCUGUUUCUUUUUAUCUUCAAAAAUUCUACGACACUUUAAGAUGGCUAUAAUUUAUGCAUACAUGUACAUGUUGCCCCCGCCCCCGUCGCUAAGAUGCCACAUCUCUCUACUUACGUGACUAAACAGAUUGCAAAUCCAAAUGUUCAUGUUUCUACUUUUACUAAUUGACCUCAACAAGACAUUAAAAAAGGUAAAUCUUAUUUUCAUUCUGACCAUAGAUUACUUAUGAUUUCUUAUUUUAUCUUGGAAUACAGAGUUAGUUACCUAAACAGAAUGUCUGUUCAAGUUACUCUUUAAAUUUUUGUAGUUUAAUAAACAUUUAGCAUAUCAGAAUCAAAAUAUUGUGCUCACCAAUGAACUAUAGCUGAUUGUAAGGUACAUCUUUGUCACACUUAAAAGUUAAUCCCCUUUUGGUCCCAGAAGCAAUGACUGUAGUAUAACAUAAAACUUUGCGAAUUUAUCUGGAUACAAAGGAGGCCUAAUAGAGCCAGAUUGUAACUAAUUUUGCUCAGGAGUGAGAAAUAAAAUUCAGGGAUAACCCAAACACUUUUGCUUGGCAUUAGCGGACAGUUAAAAAAAGAAGGGUAAUAGCUUUUGCACAACAAAGUUAACAGGUAACUGUACCCACUGACAAACAGGAUAUAUUCUGGAUGCUGGUUUUAUGGUAUAAAGAGGUUAGGUUAGAAGAAUGCUAGAAUUUGGACACUAGAGAAAUUAUUAAAAUGCUAGCAAUCCAUUUGAUUAAUACAGAAAUAUUUUGUCAUACUGAGAUUAUUUGUCCAGAAGUUUAGUCUUAUAUCCCUUCCAUUCAGAAAAGGGGGCAAUUUUUAAAGGCCUCUGUCAUAAUAGGAAAUGUAUAUUUUGACUAGUGGAGAAACUAAGUAAAACAUUUAAUCUAAUAAUUUUGAGUUUUGUGAAUCUGAAUUUUCACUUUAGGUGUAAUUGAAUGUCUUAUGUGUUAGUGUUAAUGAUCUUUGUGAGAAGUGAUUUCCAUGUUUUUUUAAAAGUUGGUGAAAUUUGCAAAGUGGUGAUUCUGGCAUAUUGUGUUAAUAAUACUCUACCUUUCAACCAUUUAUGAACUGACUGUACUAAACAAACCAUAGUAGUAUCUCUUCUGGUAAAUUGUUUCUAUGGUGUGAUCUCUUAAUGCUGGGUUUGGGGUGGGGGAGGUUAAGUAUUUAGUUUCAUCAUCAAAUUGUCAAAGUGUUUUUCUUAAAUGCCAUAAAAUUGUGUGACUAUAAACCAAAUUUAAAAAAACCUCUUUUUUUUUUUUAAUUUUAAGGGCCUUGUAUAGACCAUUAUGGGAACUACACCAUAAAAUGGUAUCAUUUAUGUUAAAAAGUUUAUAUAUAUAUGUGUGUGUAUAUAUAUAUAUAUGCACAUGCACACACACAAGGGAAAGCAAAACAGUGUACUUUGUAGAAUUUCUAUGUAAUAUGCAAAAUGUUAUAAGAAUGGUUUUGAAAUACCAGAGAUGGUAAUUAUGCAGUGAUCAGAAUAACAAAUACCACUUCAAGUUUUUCAUUUAUUUACGUAGAACAUCUAUAUUCUACUUUGUAAAGAUCAUGCCUAUAUUGUAUUUAAUUUCUAAAACAUCCUCAUGAAGUGUUAGUUCCACCUGAAGUUUAGAGAUUGAACAAUCUAAGUUUAGAAGGCUCAAAUGACUUGUCCAAGAUUGUUUGGUCAAUAAGUGGCUCUAGAUCUCAUGUUCUUUAGACUUUCACUCUCUGUCAUUUUGUAUUCAUCCUAUUUCUGCCUUUAUGUUUAAAACUUUGACUAAAAUUUAAUUUUAAAAGAAAUUUGGAAAAUUUGAGGGUUUGGUGAAAAUGCAUUGCUGCUAUUAUCAACAGACCUUUUUAGAUACUUCCAAACCAGUCCUUCACCAGGAAUAUUCCACCUGAAACUUAUUAAGUUCACUCACCCUGACCAUAGACAGUAGAUUCCUUUGAUAUUGAAAUGCUAGACUGAAAAAUGAUCUUCUUCACUGAUCUAAUUUCCUUUUUAAAAAUCCACUAUAAUUACUGAUUUCUGAACAGUUGAAAGAAGCAAUACAAGAAACUGUAGCCAUUCUGAUACAGAGAGAAAAAAAUUACUAGAACCACCAAAUUAACCAUAUUCUAGACUCUUAUUUCUCAUCACACACUUUCUGUGAUUAGGAGAGUACAAGGAAGGAAAAGUGGGGAAGAAAAUUAUAUUUUAAGAAAACUCAUAUUUUCUGUAAUUAUAUAAAAAGAUUUGAUUAUCAAGUAUUAAGGUAGCAGUAUUACUAACAUUUAACCAUAGUUCAAAUAUUUGUUAAACUUUCUCCACAUAUUUGAAAAUGCACUUAAGGGUUUUCCCAGCUAAAAUCUGAUGACUGCUCAGUUUGAAUGUGGAGAAUAUUCAUGCAUUAAUCUAGGACAAAUACAUUUUUAUUCCUUUUCAAACAACAGGUAGGCACUGUUAAUGCUUUCCCUUGUAAAUCAACAGUCUGUGAUACAUUAUGUACUUUUACUGACUCGCAAUGCAAUGCUACUGUGAAUAUUUAAGUGAACAUGUGCUUAUUAUAUAAGAAAUUAAAAUUUUCUAACCUUAAAGUUAGUUCUCUUCAUCAAAUAGAUAAGUCAAACAAGUACUAUUUUGUAUGGAAUGAAGUAAUAAUCAUUCUUAAUUAUAAUAACAAAUAAUGGAAUUCUGAAUAUGAUGUAAAACCAAACAUACAUUUUUUAAUUUUUUCUAUAUUCACUUUUUUUGACAUUGGUUUAUGUUAAUUUAUCACAUAUUAAUGUAAAAUUAAAAUAAGCUCGUAUACUAUGUUCUCUGAUGUUCUUGUUAUAAUUGUGGGCCUUCUGUUAAGUAAACAGCAGUAAAUGCCUGUGAGUUUUGAUUUUCUGAUGUUUUCAUCUAAUCCAUUUUUUAAAUUUGUCAUUGGAUUUAAAGUAUUUUCAUUGCAAAUGUUACAUACAUAAUUCAAUAAAAGACCCCCCAAAAAAUCUGGUUACUCAUACCAAUAA